CUGUCUUCAGUAUUCGUACCGUCUCCUCGUCCGAUGGCGGACAACAUAAUAAUGGCACAUAACCUACAUGGCUCUUCAUGAGGGCAAAUGUGCCAGCUCUGCGGCCAGACUGAACCAUACGUUGCUUCUCAGACGUCUCCGCCUCCUUAAAGUGGGCUAACACGUCAAGCCAAAGACGUAAAAUAGCGACACACAGGACAGGUACAGGAAAACAUGAGCUAAAAUCCAUAGGUACUUGACAAAAACACGAAGGGGGUGGCAAUGGCUGCAAGUACGGACCCACAGGUGGUUAUAAUAGGUUGCGGGAUAUCAGGUAUAUCAGCGGCACACCGGCUCGUUAAAGCUGGAUUUCAGCGUGUCCGGAUACUUGAAGCGACUGAAAGGAGCGGGGGAAGAAUAAAAACGGGAAGACUGGGUAACAACAUCACAGAGAUAGGUGCAAGUUAUAUCCAUGGCCCAUCUGAGGAGAAUCCACUGUUUUGUUUGGCCCGUGACUAUGGCCUUCUGGACCCACAGGCCCUCACCCAAGAGAACCAGGCCAUGGAUGUUGAUGAGUAUCCUCCCUGGGUACCCAACUGGUUCAGCAGUUCAGGUCAGAGGCUGAAUGCUGAACAUGUGAAUCCUGCUCUGGAGCUGUUUCAUGAGCUAGUGGCUGAGACUUCACAAUUUAAGAAUCAAGAAGAAACACAGUGGGCCAGUGUAGGGCAUUUCAUACGAUCAGAGGCACGGCAGCGAGCAGCAGAGAGGUGGAAAGAUAAGGAUGAAACCACCAGACAGCUUCUGCAGUGUGCAAUCAGCACCAUGUUGAAGGUGGAGUGCUGUGCCAAUGCGACUCACACCAUGGACAAGAUCGACCUGGCAGGAUUCUGUAUGUACAAGAGUCUAGCUGGACUGGACUGCACAUUCCCAAGUGGCUUUGAAGGUCUAAUUGAGAACCUGAUGUCGGAGCUCCCCACUGGCUCAGUGACCUACAAUCGGCCCGUGCGCUGUGUCCACUGGAACAACACAGGGAGCGGAGUAAACAUGGUGACGGUUGAGUGUGAUGAUGGGGAGAGGAUCACUGCUGAUCACGUUAUUAUCACAGUACCUCUAGGAUACCUUAAGAAGCACCAUUCAACCCUGUUCUGUCCUCCUCUCCCGGCUCACAAGCUGCACUCCAUCCAGAGACUAGGAUUUGGAACAUGCAACAAAAUAUAUGUGGAGUUUGAGUCGCCGUGGUGGGAUGCCGACUGUGAGGUCAUCUACCUGCUUUGGAAAGAUGAGGAGGAUUUUUCAGACCAGGUGUCAGAUAUAAGCAAAUCCUGGAUGAAGAAGAUGGCAGGGUUCACUGUGCUCAAACCUUCUGAAAGGUACAGCCAUGUUCUUUGUGGCUGGAUCGCUGGGCACGAGUCAGAGUAUAUGGAGACACUCACCGAGCAGGAAGUCAGACGUUCCAUCACGGAGCUUGUCUGUACAUUCACAGGAGACCCUACCAUCACACCAAAGAGAAUCCUGCGCUCCCAGUGGUUUCAUGACCCCUGGACAUGUGGAUCUUACAGUCAUCCAGCAGUAGGAUGUUCGGCACAGGACCUAGAAAACAUGAUGGAGCCCCUGCCUACAAAGGGAUCAGAGUCUCAGACCCUGCAGGUGCUGUUUGCUGGAGAGGCUACUCAUCCCUGCUACUACUCCACCGUCCAUGGAGCUGUUGUCAGUGGGUGGAGAGAAGCUGAUCGCCUCAUCUCUCACUACUCCUCCAUCAGUCCAUGUAGACAACCAGAUCUAACACUGUAAAAGCUGAACACACUGGAUGCAUGAAAACUAAAGUAAAGACUGGUACUGGCCUUUUUAACAAUAAGAUUCAUGCUUUUUUCCUUUGAGCAGUGAGUCCAGACUCCUCAUCCAAUGGAUUGGCAAGGGGAGCCCCAGCAGUUUCACACAUUGAUGACUCUUUACGGAUCUUAAGGGAAACUGCAGUAUUCUGUAUAUGAAAGAUCUCUUCUUUGGCUGCAUUAAUUUUGAUCCUUUUUUCCAUCCUAAAUCAGUGUUAAUGGAGCAUAAUGCUGACACAGUGGAGUACUGUGUAAUUCUAUCAUGUUAUAGCCUAAACUAGUUUUCCAUUGGUGGAACAAUCAUGUUGUGAGGGAACAAGGGUAAAACAAUGGGACAAUGGAAGUAUGGGAUUUGUAUAUUUUAAUAAAUAAAAAUGAGGGAAUGAA